AUGGAUGUCAUUGUUCCUAUAGAGCCAGCCGCUUCUAAUGGACACAGAUUUAUCUUGGUUACCAUUGAUUAUUUCACCAAAUUUGGAGUGCUAGAAUCCAUCAUUACUGAUAACGGUGCAAAUCUCAACAGUCAUUUGAUGAGAGAGAUAUGUGAGCAAUUUAAGAUUAUUCAUCGAAAUUCAACUGCUUAUCGCCCCCAAAUGAAUGGAGUUGUAGAGGCCGCCAACAAGAAUAUCAAAAAGAUUUUGAGGAAAAUGAUUGACAAACAUCGAGGUUGGCAUGGAAUGUUUCCAUAUGCUUUAAUGGGUUAUCGAACGACGGUCAGAACAUCGACUGGUGCUACUCCAUACUUGCUAGUAUAUGGAUCAGAAAUAGUUAUACCUGCUGAAGUUGAGAUACCGUCCUUGAGAAUCAUCCAAGAAGCUGAAGUGAGUAAAGCUAAAUGGGUUAGCAAACGGAUUUACCAACUAACUUUGAUUGAUGAGAAGAGAAUGGAUGCAGUCUGCCAUGGCCAGUUAUAUGGACAGAGAAUGACUCGUGCCUUUCACAAGAGAGUAAGAGCCAGAAAUUUUGAAGUUGGUCAGUUGAUUCUUAAGCGUAUUUUCCCUCAUCAAGAAGAGUACAAUGGAAAGUUCGCACCAAACUGGCAAGGUCCUUACAUGGUUCGAAAAGUAUUAUCUAGAGGUGCUUUGGUCCUAUCAGAGAUGGAUGGAAGUGUAUGGCCUAAACCUAUCAACUCAGAUGUCGUCAAGAGAUACUACGUGUGA